GUGAAUCUGGCAUCAAAUGGAAACAGUGAAUAAUUCCAGUCUUGUUCAGGUUAGGCGAUCCCAAGGUGUUCUUCUUAAACCUGGUGCAUAACGGCCUGUUCUUCCGUGCUCCGACCCCCUGUGAUGUCACUGUUUGAGCCUGUGUGUGCAGGUCGGUUGUCCUCCUGGUUAACUGUGCCCUCUGUUUUGGCUUGUAGGCUAACACAGGAACAGGAAGGGUUUUGUCCCGCUCAGGAUUUGUUGUAAGCCAUCAGGUUUUCCAGGAGCUCAGAACUAUGAUAAAUGGCUCUUUUAAGCUGGGAGCUGCUCGUGUUCUGUCUGGCUGGCAAAUGCAGUGCCUAGUCCCCGGCCUCCAGGACAACGCCAACAUGAACGGGACGGCCGAGCAGGCCGACAUCCUGCCGCCAAACUGCAUGGUCAAAGACCGAUGGAAAGUGCUGAAGAAGAUCGGCGGCGGCGGGUUCGGGGAGAUCUACGAGGCCUUGGACCUGCUGACGCGGGAGAACGUGGCGCUGAAGGUGGAGUCGGCCCAGCAGCCCAAACAGGUGCUGAAGAUGGAGGUGGCGGUGCUGAAGAAGCUGCAAGGUAAAAACCACAUCUGUAAGUUUAUUGGCUGCGGGAGAAACGACAAAUUCAACUAUGUGGUCAUGCAGCUUCAGGGUCGUAACCUGGCCGACCUGCGGAGGAGUCAGCCCAGAGGAACCUUCACCAUCUGGGGGCUGGGAAAGCAGAUUCUGGAGCCCAUCGAAGCCAUCCACUCGGUGGGCUUCCUGCACCGCGACAUCAAACCGUCGAACUUUGCGAUGGGCCGGCUUCCCUCCACCUACAGGAAGUGCUACAUGCUGGACUUUGGUCUGGCGCGACAGUACACCAACACCACCGGAGAGGUCCGGCCGCCCAGGACGGUGGCGGGUUUCCGAGGGACGGUCCGCUACGCUUCAGUCAACGCUCACAAAAACAAGGAAAUGGGUCGCCAUGACGACCUAUGGUCACUGUUUUACAUGUUGGUGGAGUUUGCUGUCGGACAGUUGCCAUGGCGAAAGAUCAAAGAUAAGGAACAAGUUGGUCAGAUUAAAGAGCGUUACGACCAUCGGAUGCUGCUCAAACACAUGCCUUCAGAGUUUAACAUCUUCCUGGACCACGUUCUGGCCCUGGACUACUACACCAAACCAGACUACCAGCUGCUGAUGUCGGUGUUUGAGAACAGCAUGAAGGAGCGAAUCAUCACCGAGAACGAGCCUUUCGAUUGGGAGAAGGGAGGAAGUGAUGUCACGCUGUCGACCAGCACCUCCACACAGCCACAGCACAACACCCGACCCACUGCCGCCAUGGUGGGAGCCAUCGUGACGCCGGGCCCUGGAGAUCUCCAGCGGGAAAACACAGACGACGUUCUGCAGGACGAACAUCUCAGUGAUCAGGAGAACGCCCCCCCGGCCCCACCCAGCCGAUCCCCCGGGGAAAUGGGCGUCCAGCUGGUCGGAGAGCCAGGAGACGCCUGGGAGGACACGGACUUCAACCGCAACAGGCUCAGGAUCAGCCUGAACAAGGGGGCUCAGGAAGAGGAAGCAAGUCGGGGGCCAUGUCCAGUGUCACCAGUUUGUGGUGGAGCCCCAGACUCUCCAACGGGUCAGGGUCGGUCUUUACGGUACCACCGGGUUAACAGCCCCGAGUCUGACCGCCUGUCUGCUGCUGAGGGCCGGGCUGACGCAUACGGACAGAGGUCUAGGAUGGACAUCCUUGGCUCUCCGUCACGUCACGUUUACUCCUCCCAGCCGGCUCAGAUGUUGUCCGUUGACCCCGCUUGCCGUGGAGACCGACAGGUCAGUGGCCGACAGGAGGUCUCAGUGGCAUCCGUUGACCAGGAGGCGCACAGCAAUGCCUUCAUCCGCUCCGUCCCGCUGGCCGAGGAGGAGGACUUUGACAGCAAAGAGUGGGUGAUCAUCGACAAAGAAACAGAGCUUCGAGACUUCCAGCCAACUACGUCUGGAACAACUGACGAGGAGCCCGAGGAGCUCCGGCCCCUGGAGGAGCAAGAGGAGAGGAGGCGGCUUAGGGCUGGAGGAGGGGAGCUGGUGGUCCGUCCAAAGAUGCACACCAGGGAGGGCAGCCGAGGGAUGCUGACGCUAACAGAGGAGGAAGCAUCAAGGAGGAGUGGCGGGAGCCCUGCCCAGUCGCCCUGUCACUCGCUGCCAUCAGGACGUCCCCGUCGGAGAGAGUCGGACCCGACUGGACCUCAAAGACCGGUGUUGUCGCCCACGGAGCAGAUUACCGCAUCACCACCCUCCCCAGACUAUCGGACAAAGGGCCAGAGUGAUGAGAAGGAGCAUUUCCACAUCCUUCCUCAGCUCCAGGCCAAGAGGGCCGACUUUCUUACAGUCAUGCUGACUGGCACCUUGCCUCAGCGCCGAAGCUUUGCCACACCAGACGAAGAAAUUGCAGAACCUCUAGGGCCAAAAGAUGACGAUGUUACAAAGAGUGACUCCAACAGCGAGGCCAGUCAGAAAAGCACUGAACGUAGCCAGGAUGCUGCACCUUCAACACUCAUGGCUGAGGACCAGAGGGGCCAAAGGGAACAUGCCUCAGCUGCCGAUGCAGACCCUGACCUGGAGGAUGCAUCAAAAACCCUCGUCCUCUUCUCACCUGGAGACACUCGCAAGUCUCCCUCUGGUGGUGAUCACGUUCUAGAUGGUGAGUUGGCCACACCGUCUGGCUUCACUUCUCGUAAUGAUCGUCUCCUGGUUGGGGAGGCAAUCCAGCCUGAACCCUCUGAGACCGGCCGUUUGUCCCCUGCUCUCAGGUCUGACCUGAGGCCUUCCACUCCCAUUGCUCCUGCAUCACCUCCAUUCACCAAAGUAGAGCGCACUUUCAUCCAUAUUGCAGAGACAUCACACCUUAAUGUCAUGUCUUCCAACGGUCACUCUGCCAAAGAGAGUGACCGGGAAGUCUUUGCCAUUAUGAGGGAAUCAGCUGUAGAGGAUGAUACCUGUGAACAAGGGGGAGCACCGUUGACAGAAGAGUCUCCAACGGUGCCAUACCAGACUGUACCAAUUGACAAACGUCCCAUAACUGAGAAUGGUCCAUCAACUAUCCUGGUCCAGUCUUUGGAGCCUGUCACAGGAGCCAUGUCACCAGUUCAUGAGCAUAAAGAUCAGGAGUCACAGGAGCCUAAGAAAGAGCCUUCACCCAGUGAAGAAGCUGCCAAGUUUCAGACAACUGGAUUAGAACUACCAGCUCCCAUAAAGCCCAGAAUUCGAAGCCGAAUCCCAGUACUCAUCUCUGAAGAGGACUCAGGCUCAGAGCAGUCCUGCUCCCUCUCGACUCGAGCACGGCUUCAGCAGCGAGCCAGGCAGCUCGAUUUAGCCCGCCUGCUGGUCCAGAAGCAACAGGGUCGCUGGAUAAGGAUUGGGAUGCUGUCUGGGACCUCAUCAUCAUUGUCCUCAGGGGAUGAGGAGCGCCGGAGAGCUUCAGAAACUCUGUCCACCACCGGCUCAGAGGAGGACACACAUACCUCGGAUGAGUCUAGGAGGAGCUCCCAACUCAAACCAACUGAGGAGCAAGGAUCCAAAGAGUCCAGGAGUAAGAUCCCAAGGCCUGUCACCCCUGUGAAAAGGCCUUCAUGGGGGCUUGCUGCUGCUGCCCCUUCUCCUCUCUUCUUGCCAGACUCCAGCACUACCAAAGGAGCAUCAUCCCUCAUUAAUGGGGAUCAGAAAAUUGGCCUAAGCACUCUCAGUACCCAAAGGAAAUCCAAACCUGUCUCACCCAGGUCCUCCUCCUCAUGUCUUCGUUCUUCUGCUCCCCCAUCUGGCAGCCCUCGAAUGCCCCUGCGAGUCCUGUUAAGUACCCGACGCAGCCUUAGCUCCACCCACUGCAGGACUGACAGUCCCUCCCCUCAGAGAGUAUGUCCACCCAGGCAGCCCCUCUCGGUUCGAGCUCCCACGGUCCCCAUGCUACCGCCCAGGACUACAACAACCAUGCGGCGCAGCGCCUCACAGGAGGCCACUGCCCAGUCAUCCUCUGGCACCACACCUGCCAGGACCAGGCCAAAACCAGCUGGUGCAGCUAAGGGGAAACCGAAUGCCAGGGAGAAGGCUGUACCCACUAGAUAAUACAAAGACACUCAUCGCUGAGACAUGUCUGUGUAUAAUCAGGCUUUGGACAAGCUGCGCCGCAAACGUUCUAACCUGAUUCCAUAUUAGACUGUGAUGUUACAGUGACCUCCUUCAGUUCAUCUAAUGUAUAUGGACCUCGUAUUUUUUCCAAGAACAGCUUACUGAACUAUCUUCAUGGGCUUCCAAUAAUCUUGACUGACUGCCGUACAAAAGCGUUGCUGCCAUGGUGCUAUGGAUGCAUCUACUGCUUCCUGAUUGAUCCUUGAUUUAACUGGUUUCUGGGGCUAAGAAUCAUAGCCAGUUUCAGAGACCCUCCCCUUACACAAUAGUCCCAGCUUGUCCACAGCUAUACUGCUUUUCUAUGGACAAUACCCUGCUUGGUUCACAUUGCAUGAUGAAGUAUAUCGCAAAUACAAUUAAUCUGUAGAAGGAAAACAACAUGUACAAGAAUCUGCACCUUUAAAUUAUUUGCUAUAGUUCUCCCCUUCCUAUUGGCCAAAAAAACCACAAAGAUCCAAUUGGACUGGUCUGAAUGCCUGAACUAUGUUCACAUGAUGAGAGAAUCCUAACUAUCCUGUACUUAUUAUCCUGUCUUGGAUAAAGAGAAGAGUUGGAUGCAUCGCUCGGCUACUCACCUCCUCCUCAUGGUGUGACAAUGGGCAUGCUUUAAUCAUUUUAUGUUCUGUUUAUUUUCUGAAUUGUAUAUAAUAGAAUCAUUUCCCAUAAAGCCAUUUUUAUUUUUAUCUUGCCAAGCAAAGUGUAAAUUUCAAGUGUAACCUUCAGUUCCAUUGUGUUGGCACUAUGCCUGUUUUUAUGCAUGACAAACACAGGGUUAAACAUGAGAGGAAGUCAUACCUGCUUGGGGUCCAACAGUACAAAGGUCUGUUGGAUAUUGCAGUCCAUGUUGUGAUGUAUGGGAGGUGAUGGGCACUGAGCUGUGAAGUAAAGUCCUGGUCAUGUGGA